GCACUUUGCUAUGAUGGAUUGAAGGUCUUAUCCUCAUCCCACUGCUGUCAGUUUUAAUACUGUAUGUCUAUUGUCCCAAAUAGUAAAUCUAUGAGGGGAAAAGUUAUGUUGAUACAUAAGUGACCAUACCAUAGUCAGUACAGUGUAUAAGAGGCAAGGUUUCAGACUCCUCUCUGUGUGCAGUUUACAUGUUCACAUGAAGUUUUCCUGAGUACUCUGGGUUUCCUCCCUUAGUUCCAAAAUUUCAACUUUCCUUCAUCAUGGAAAGAAUUAAAUUCUCCCCUCCACUUUACAAGCAAAGGUAUUAUUUUGUCAUUGAUCUUAUUAUGAAGAGUCAGCCUAAAAAGGUAGUUGAUUUGGGAUGUGCAGAUUGCAGUCUCUUGCGUAAAAUGAAGUUUCAACAAUGUGUAGAAGAGCUUGUUGGCAUAGACAUAAAUCAGCAAGUCAUCAGAGAGAAUAUGUAUUUGUUAUCUCCUCUUCCAUGUGAUUAUUUAAAUCCCAGAAUUCGACCAUUAAUAAUUAAGUUGUAUCAGGGAUCCAUAAUUGAAAAGGAUCCUUGUGUGAAGAAUUUUGAUAUGGCCUCUUGCAUAGAAGUCAUCGAACACCUGGAGCUUUCAAUGCUAGAAGCUUUUUCAAAUGUGGUAUUUGGUUAUAUGACACCCCAUACCAUUGUCAUUAGCACUCCCAAUGCAGAUUUUAAUCGGCUUCUACUUGGACUAACUGGUUUUAGAGAUAGAGAUCAUAAAUUUGAAUGGACUAAGACAGAGUUUCAGAAUUGGGCACUGGAUAUUUGUGUUCGUUAUGAAUAUUCUGUGACAUUUGCUGGUGUUGGAAGUGGACCCGCAGGCACUGAAGAUGUUGGAUUCUGCACACAAAUUGCUAUAUUUACAAGAAUGCCCGCAAGAAAUGACAGGUGGCCGAACUCAAAUGCGGACUGUGAUGACAUCCAUUCUUACAAACUUCUUCAUGAAGUGAAAUAUCCCAGCUACUGUGAUAAGAACAUUUUUGAAAAUGCCUUGAUUAAUGAAAUGACUUACUGGACAGAAAAGAUUAAGAAACAUUUCCUGAACAGCACAGAACAAGGAGACACAAAGAACAAUGUACAGCAAGACCAAGAAUCAAAUGAAGAUGUUUCCUGGUGCAGCCGUUCUAUGGAAAAGCACUGCGUCAACUGGAGUGUUUGUAAGAGUGCAGAUGGGUAUCUUGAGGUCCAAAAGCAUGGAGAUACCAUUCACAUCCCUUUAGAUCAACUUUUUACUAUCCUCGAGGUCAAAAAGAUCUGCAGUUCUGUAGUCCGACUUAAAGAGGCUCUUCUAGAAAUUGAGCAGUUUGAAAUUGCUGGCGAUAAUUUAGUUGUGUGUAUUUGUGAUAACGAGAAAUGAAGGAGCAAUGAACAAACGUAAAAUUCAUGAAUCUGAAAAGCUGGAAUGGCUAAAUUAUUAUAAAAAGCUAUUAUUUCAUUUUGCCAAGAUUACACUGGAUUACUUUGAUAAAAAUUAAUAAACCAAUGUUAAUGUGCCUUUUUAUUACAGAAUUUGACUUGUUCAGAGGUUAGUUGUAGUCAUUCAGUAUUCUGUAGUUAAGAUCCUGCAAUGUAAUUUUAUUGGUGGCUAAAUAUUUUUAAAUGUUAACAUAUUAUUUCUAAAAGUUUUGAAAAGUUUUUUUUUUUUAAACCAAUUUUUCUGCAAAAUAUACUAUUAUAAAAAUAAUACAGAUUAUUGUGGACAAAUACAAGUUAAAUUGUUAAAAUCAAAGCAGAUUUCCAGAAUGACAUGUUGUUGAUCACAUUAAAUUUCAAGUAUUUUUCUUUGAUUCACAUUAAAGUUUCUUCUAAAUAAUUUAUGAUGAAUCGGUAAUUGAUCUAUGGAAAGUUGGUACAGUUUGUGGACAGUUAGGUAGUUAGCUACGCAUCUGUCAGUCCCUGCCUGUUCUAAAGCUUACUCCACCACUCUCUAUCCUGUUCCACCGUCUCCAGGUUUGUUCCACUUGCUCCUCUAUCACCAUAUCAUUUCACCCCUUUCUUGGCCUUCCUGCUCUUCUCCUUACUACUGGAAACCAUCUUUCCACUUUUCUUGCUGUCCUUAAAGUUGUCCAUGCGCCAUUCAUGUCCUGCCCAUCUUAACAUUCUCGAUACUCCUUUCACAAUACUCCAUUUGAUCAGUCUUUUCUCUCAAACCCUUGUUACUAAUUGUUCUUGGCC